UGCGAGUGUCUUAGCGUGAAGAGUGCAGGCCGAAAAAAGAGCAAUUUCGGCAGUUGAGGUAGCGACUUUGGCGCGCCGCCACCCCCGAGCCGAGCCGCCGCCAAGCUGGAGGUCACGAGUUUCGAGGGCCCCGUCUCCGGAGGCGGCGGCCUGCCCCUCGAGCACCUCCAGCACCACCACCUGCUACCCCUGCAGGCCCUCCAGCACCCCCAGCUGCACCACCCCCUCGACGACAGCGCCACCCUGCAAACCCUCACGCCAAUGUCCACGCCGGGACAGAUGCCCGUCAACGACGUCUAUGUCCAGGCCCACGAGGGACACUACAGUUACGCCAACUACUCGGAGCAAAGAGGUGACGACUCGUGGUCAGGGGUGACGAGCAGUGCGUCCGAGUCUCUGCCCCCGUUCAACGCCGCCGCCGCCCCCUCGCCCUCUGCCCCCUCGCACCAUGCAUCUGCCUACUACACGCAGGAGGAGUCGGGCCAGAACGGGGCCCAGUCAAUGACAGAGUUGAGCGUGGCUGGGUCUGACCAGCAGCAGCAGGACUCUGCGUCCUCAGGCAGCAACCUGCAGCAGGAUCAGCCCUCCAGCUACCCUGAAGUCCACCCGGUGGACCUUUCUAGUCCGCGUCAGUUAGAUUCCAUCGACUCGUACAACCGGGACCGCCGAAGUGCUGACCAGUACAAACAGAACGGAUCACUCGACGCGGCCGAAUGGCAGUCCCCAGACGUCAAAGCCUAUGGAUAUCCUCGAUGGGCUGUUCCUUGGCCGCCACACUCGCCCCACAACCACCGCAGCUCCUACUGGGCUGACUCGGUAGAAAACACAUCAGAAUCGGGCCCUUCCAUGAUAAUUGGCUCGCUGACGCCGCCAGACAAGAUGAACGGAGAGCACCCUCACGCGUCCGGAGUGCCCAGUGCGUCCGGCACGCCAAUGUCGCACCACUUCAGCCUGACGUCGAUCGCCGGCCACGGCAUGCAGACCCCCCCGUCGCCCAUCCCCACGCCCUCCCCGCCCGUGCCCAUGGAGAGAUAUAAUAGUUCCUUACACUUCAGACCGAAAGAGCAGCGACUGACGCGUGACGCCAUGAAGCGCUACCUGAGGGAGAGGAGCGACAUGGUCAUCGUCAUCCUGCACGCAAAAGUCGCCCAGAAGUCGUACGGAAACGAGAAGAGGUUCUUCUGUCCUCCGCCCUGCAUUUACCUCUUUGGCGAGGGCUGGCGGAUGAAACAGGAGCAAAUGAUGAAGAGUGGCGAGUCAGAGCAGAGUUCGCAGUUGUGUGCGUUCAUCGGGAUCGGCAACUCGGACCAGGACAUGCAGCAGCUGGACCUGAACGGGAAGCAGUACUGCGCGGCCAAGACGCUGUUCAUUUCAGACUCGGACAAACGGAAGCACUUCAUGCUCUCAGUCAAGAUGUUCUAUGGCAACGGCCACGACAUCGGUGUCUUUCACAGCAAACGCAUCAAGGUCAUUUCCAAGCCAUCCAAGAAGAAACAAUCGCUCAAAAACGCCGACCUGUGCAUAGCCAGCGGUACCAAAGUUGCUCUGUUCAACCGACUGAGAUCUCAGACUGUCAGCACUAGGUAUCUGCACGUGGAAAACGGAAACUUCCACGCCAGCUCAACGCAGUGGGGAGCAUUCACCAUUCACCUUUUGGAUGACAACGAAUCCGAAUCAGAGGAAUUCACGGUGAAGGACGGUUACAUUCACUACGGCUCGACCGUAAAGUUGGUGUGCAGCGUGACGGGCAUGGCGCUGCCCAGGCUGAUAAUUCGCAAGGUGGACAAGCAGAUGGCCCUUCUGGACGCCGACGACCCUGUCUCGCAGCUGCACAAAUGUGCCUUUUACAUGAAGGACACCGAGAGGAUGUACCUGUGUCUGUCCCAAGAAAGGAUAAUCCAAUUCCAAGCGACCCCGUGUCCGAAAGAGCCAAACAAGGAGAUGAUCAACGACGGUGCUUCGUGGACAAUAAUCAGCACGGACAAGGCGGAAUACCAAUUCUUCGAGGGGAUGGGACCUGUCAGGGCGCCGGUCACGCCAGUCCCUCUCGUCUCCACCCUCCACUUGAACGGAGGCGGAGACGUGGCGAUGCUGGAGCUCACGGGCGAGAACUUCACUCCUAAUUUGAAGGUCUGGUUCGGCGACGUGGAGGCUGAGACCAUGUACCGGUGUCAGGAGAGCAUGUUGUGCGUCGUUCCUGAGAUUUCCGCCUUCCGAGGAGAGUGGCUCUGGGUUCGACAGCCCACUCAGGUUCCAGUGACAUUAGUGAGAAACGACGGGAUUAUCUACGCGACGGGGCUGACGUUCACGUACACGCCCGAGCCGGGCCCGCGGCCGCACUGCACGGCCGCGGAAGAAAUCCUGCGGCCGAAUUCUCACCUGGGACGGCCGCCGCCGCUGAGCAUGUCCUCGUUCGAGUCGCAGGCGGCGGUGCAAGGGGGCUUGUGAAAGGGGACACUCACCGUGUUUGUAUAGUGACGGAACAUGUACUUAAGUGCUGGAAGAAAUAUCUUUUGUUUCACGCUCUAGUUUUGUGAAUUUGGAUAGUGUUAUAUUCAUACAUAGCUAUUCUUUGAUACACACACACACACAAACAAAUAUAAUUUUAUUUAUUAUUUUAAUUAAAGCGCUAUGAUCCAUUCAAUAUUGUACAGCUCUGUGAUUUUCCGAAAUAAUGCCGCAAUAUUUUCGUUAAUUACUCAAUUUUUUGUUCCAUAGUGGCCAGAGGAAUAAAUAAAUAAAAAUAAGUGGAUUAAAUCGAGUUCGAAAUGUUCAGGGUACAUUUUAAUUUUAGCGCUUACGAUGGAAACUGGCCAUUCGACUAAUUUUUAAGCUCCGGAAUGAAUGAAAGAUGCGCGCUGUCAGUGUGAGAGAGAGCAACUUUCGGCCUGGCCGACACGAGAAAUUGGAUAAACCAAAGAGAUUGUGAAAUUUAAUCGCGGAUAAUAAAAUAAUACAGUUACAUCAAAUUCACUAACAGCUUUGAGAAUAAAAGUGCAUAUUGCUUAAA